AUGGUUCAAUGGGACAGUCUGAUUCGCUUUCGAGCGACUAAUGGCAACGAAUAUUGGGCGUCAAUUGCUCUAGAAGACACACCAGCGGCUGGUCUAACAGUGCAGGGGUUUUCGAGCAUAGAAGCAUUGGAAUCUGACGGCCAGAGUACAAAUGUCACAGUGGAAAAGCUCCUCGCCCCUGUCCCUGUUACGGGAAUCAACAUCAUCUGUGUCGGCUUGAAUUAUAGAAAUCACGCCAAUGAGGCAUCGCUUCCCAUCCCAACAUGUCCACCAAUGUGGUACAAAGCUCCUCCCGCCCUCGCAGACCCGGAUAGCGAGAUUCCAGUUCCACCCCAAGCCCAAAAGUCAUUUCCAGACUUCGAGGGCGAGCUUACCAUCGUCCUUCGCAACACUAUCAAAUCCAUCUCCGCCUCCGAGGCAACAUCCCACAUACUAGGCUACACCAUCGGCAACGAUCUCACUGCCCGUUUCUUCCAGCGUGCUUGCGGCGGACAGUACACGCACGCCAAGGGCUUCGACAACUUCGCCCCUCUCGGUCCGCGCCUGGUGCACCCAUCAGUCUUUUCGCCCUCAGAUGCCAGCCGGCGGAUCACGACGCGAGUAAACGGGCGCGUGGUUCAAGAUAGCCCGUUUGAUUUCAUCUUCCCUGUGGAUGAGCUGGUGAGCUUUUUGUCCGAAGGCACCACGAUUCCUGCGGGUACUGCAAUCAUGACGGGGACACCGGCUGGUGUAGGUUGGUUCCAAGAUCCAAAGUGUCCGCUACAGCACGGGGAUGCGGUGGAGGUCGAGGUGCAGCCGAUUGGGGUGCUGAGGAAUACGAUUGCUUUUUGA